AUGGAAAGGAGAAACAGAUUAAAAGAUGAGCCUGACCCUUGGGGAGGUAUGAGUCUCUCUGAUGUUUUAGGUUCUAAUCCUCGAGCUAAUCAAAAUAACAACAUCAGAUAAAAUCAUAAUAACAUACCAGUGGGACCAAGGAGGCAAUCAUAAAAUAGGCCUGCAGUUCCCAUAUCUAGCAAUAACAGAGUAAAUAAUCAUCCUUAUACACAGAUCAAUGAUCGACCUAUCAAUUCCUCUCACAAUCAAAGCAAUUCUGCAGUUAACAGAAUUAGAUCAAAUAACGGAAGAUUUAAUAACUUAUAGCAAUUACCACCAUCAAGAGGUAGUAGGGGAAUAUCUGGAAAUGGAAGGUAGAAUGAACGAAACGCUUAUCAGAAUCAAUAUAAUGCAUAUGGUGGUGGAGGGGACUACAAUGAGUUUGAUUAGUAGGACUAUGAGGAGAUGUUACUAAACUCAAGGCCUGAUCCCUCUAAAAAGUAAAUAUGCAAGGAAACUGAUCCAAUCAAAAUUAACCACAGCGGCUAAUACAACCUGAACUUUAUUGAUUGGGACAAUGAAUGGGAGAGAGUCUUCGAACAUAACUAUUAUAACCCCUCCUAUGAAUCCCCCAUCGAGGGUAUGGAUAUCCACACGUUUGAGAUGCUCUAUGAUUCAUAUAUGGAUGCUGACAUUAAAGAGACUAAUGGUGUCAAAGAAGAUGUCCUUAAAAAAAUUCCAAUAAAAACAGUUGCAAAGUCUGACCCAAACAAGAUGUGCGCUAUUUGCUUGAAAUGCUAUGAGAAAGGCAAUAAAGUAUUUUUCUUGCCUUGCAAUCAUCACUUCCAUAUUGAAUGCAUUAAGCCUUGGUUUGAUAAAAAUCACGUUUGUCCUAACUGCAGAUUUAACAUUAAUGAAAAUAAACAUACUUGA